AUGAAGCUAUUCCGUGGCAUCCUCGCUUGCCUCGUGGCUUUGCCCUUGGCAUUGGCUGCCCUGGACCACGACUCGGGUUUGAUCUUGGGUACCUUGCCCAGUUGUGCGGCAAAAUGUCUUGUCAACAACGUUCUGCAAUCAACCUGUGGUCUCGACGACGUCGAAUGCACAUGUACAAAUGAACAUCUACAAGCACAAAUCGAAAAAUGCGUUCUGGCUGAAUCCCCACCAGUUACAAAGAACACCACCAUGAAUCUCUGCGGCGCCCCCGUUCGAAGCGAAAAGGCCGGAUUUGUCGUCCUCAACGAUGUAAUGGGUACUCUAUCGGGCGUUUUUUGUCUCACCCGCUUCGUUACAAAAUUCGCCUACAAACUCCCCUUCGGUAUAGACGAUCUGCUCAUGCUUAUCACGAUGCUCCUCUCCAUUCCCUGCAUCUGUAUCAACUCAUACGGACUCGCGCCCAAUGGUAUCGGCACCGAUAUCUGGACCUUGACGCCCGAUCAAAUUACAAGCUUUGGUCGAAACUUUUAUGCUCUCGCUGUUAUGUACUUCUUGUUGCAAACGACUCUCAAAUUGACCUUGGUCUUCUUCUACCUUCGCAUCUUCCCGGCUGCUGAGUUUAGGAGGACACUUUGGGGAACAGUCGCGUUUAUAACGGCUUAUGGAAUCACGUUUGUGCUCGUUGCUAUCUUUCAGUGUCAGCCGAUAAGUUACUUUUGGACAAAGUGGGAUCACGGACACGAGGGCAAAUGUGCCAGUAUCAACGCGAUUACCUGGUCUAGUGCAGCUAUCAACAUCGCCAUGGACUUCUGGAUUCUGGGUCUUCCGCUCACGCAGCUUCGGAAGAUGAGCCUUGACUGGAGGAAGAAAAUUGCUAUAGGACUGAUGUUCAGCGCUGGCAUCUUUGUCACAAUCAUGAGUAUCCUCCGUCUCUAUGCCACUAUCGUUGCCGGCAGGGACCCCCAGAACAACGUAUCAUGGGAAUACUCCCCCGCUAUCAAGUGGUCAACCAUCGAAACCAACGUCGGCAUUUGGUGCGCCUGCAUGCCUACCAUCCGCGUCCUGUUCGUCCGUCUCUUCCCCAAGAUUCUUGGCGAGACCACACGCUAUAUCAACUACGGCAGCAGCAAGGGCCCGAACAGCAGAGCGCCUGGCAAGAGCGGACACCAGAUGUCUCUAGGUACGACUUCCAAGGUUGACAGGGCGCCGCAUGGAAAGAUUAGUCCUUCUGGGAUUGUCUGUGAUCGAACGUAUGACGUGGAGUAUGCGGAUAAUGAUGAGGCGUAUUUGGUUCAUAUGAAGGAGCUGAAUCUUCCGAUCCAUGGCACUAGGUCAGGCGCGGAGUCUUCGGAGUCACUGUAA